GUGGGCGUGAUCAAGGCGAGCAGCGGAGAGCCGUGCUACGGGAGGAGCGAGCAGCGUGUUUCCGGGGGUCAUCUAUCGAGCGACGCGGAACACACGCGGCAAUGGAAACCGAGUUUCGGGAAAUCGAUGAGCUCGGGAACUGGAACGCCGUUUACCAGGACAUUAAGCAGCAGUCCAGUGACCUACCAUGCAAAAUCGCCAAACUUCCAGAAAACAGAAGUCGUAAUCGCUACAGAGACGUCAGUCCAUUUGACCACAGCCGUAUUCAUCUACAGAUCGGCAAUAAUGACUACAUAAAUGCCAGCCUGAUCUCAGUGGAAGAAGCUCAGAGAAACUACAUACUAACUCAGGGUCCGUUACCAAACACCUGUGGUCAUUUCUGGGAGAUGGUGUGGGAGCAGCGCUGCCUCGGGGUCGUCAUGCUGAAUCGCGUUAUAGAGAAAGGCUCGAUAAAGUGUGCUCAGUAUUGGCCUCAGCGAGAGGAGAGGGAGGCUUUUUUUGAAGACACAAAUUUCAGACUUACUCUGAUUUCGGAGGAUGUGAAAUCAUACUACACCGUACGACAGCUGGAGCUGGAAAAUCUGUCGACACAGGAAAAACGGGAGAUUCUUCAUUUCCACUACACCACAUGGCCAGAUUUUGGUGUGCCAGAGUCGCCUGCGUCUUUUCUCAACUUCCUGUUGAAAGUGCGUGAGUCGGGCUGCCUGAGUCUAGAGCACGGUCCUGUCGUGGUCCACUGCAGCGCUGGUAUUGGCCGCUCUGGAACGUUCUGCCUUGUAGACACCUGCCUUCUACUGAUGUCUCAGAGGAAAGAUCCCACAUCAGUACGCAUCCAGGAGGUCUUGCUGGAAAUGAGGCGAUACCGCAUGGGUCUGAUCCAGACUGCUGACCAGCUGCGUUUCUCCUACCUCGCCGUCAUAGAGGGUGGCAAGUACAUAAAGGGAGACACAUCUGUACAGGAGUCAUGGAAGGAGCUAUCAAAUGAGGAGGACCUCCCCCCUCAGUUAACUCCUCCUCCUCCCAGACCACGGCCCAGAAUAGACCCACCUAACGGCAAAGGUGACCAAGUGAACUCUGACACCACCUGCUUCUUCAGUGAGAUAAUAAAAAACAACGACGAAAUCCGUGCAAACAGCGCGCCCCAGACGUUCACAGACGGGCCAGAGCUUCGCAAACGGGCAGUCGGUGAGGUCGGAGCGACGCCGUUGUUAAGUGAACCCGAUGACCCCAUUGUGGCAAGAGAAGCCCCUCCCAAACCUGCCCGCUCUCCGCCCAAGACUCCCACAGAGGAGGCUACUCCUAUUGCUGCCAAUGAACCGUGGAGCCCCCUGCUGACCAGUGUGUUCAUGUGCACGGUACUGGCUGUAGGUGCUUAUGCCUGUUACCGCACCUAUUUCCACUGAUUCCCUCUUUUUCCCAUCCGACUCUUUCUCUGUCCCUCCAUGUGCUGGCUAUUGGUGGGAAAAGAAAAAGAGACACACACAGACGCUCACACUUUCUCAGCUGGACCUGUCUCUCUCAGCUGGGCCCGUCUCAACUCUCUCUGAAUGUCUUUGGGAAAGAGUUUCAGAGACUUUUUCUUAGCCAAACUGCUGUCGCCUCCCUCUACACACACACUCACUCUUACACACAAUCUAAUAAACGUGUGUCCGUUUAAAACCUCAGGGCCUCACAAUUCAGGUGUUGCUACCCAAACGUUAAACACAGGUAAAAGAUAAUCCAAAAGACUCUGUCAUUGCUGCGGUAAGUAAGGGAACUUUUUGCGUGUGUGUGUGUGUAUGUGUGUAUCUCAAUCAUUUUUUUUGCAUUUUUAAAUCUCAGGAGCUGCACAGGAGGUGAGCUUCUCUUAUAUAUGCUGAAAACACAAAUCUGCUGUACGUGAUUGAAAACCUGUUUUGUAUUUGUGUGUCUUGGAGAAAAGGGAGAUCAUGAGUAGUCUGGGAUGUCUGAUACCAUCAAGUGCUCUGUUAGGCUACUGUCACAGCAGAAAACAUCCCGAAAAGCUUUUUCUUUUACUUUCAUUCAUUCUAGCCGUAGCUUUAGUUUAACCCCCUAAGGUGACACUGGCACUUUGUCUGUGUGAGGAAAGAGAUCAAGCGGCUGAUGCACCGGCCUCUCAUUCGUCCGUUCAUAUGUUUGUCCCAUUCCCUUUGUCAAAUCAGACCAUUUAAAACACUGGAGCUGGAUGUCACGUUCAGAACAAACUUCAGUGGCUUCACCAGAGUCCAGAACUCGCAUUUCAUGUUUUAAUUAAACUGAAAUAGAAUCACUGCAAGUCAAAAACGCAUUUUUAGUAGAUGUCCAAAUUUUCAUGCAUUUCACUGAAUGCCAGCUCUGGAAAUCAAGGUAAAGCAAUUUAUCCUGGCUGAUUGAUUGUUACAACAAAAACUUGGCAGCAGGUGGCAGUAUUAAGUAAAAUGAGAUUUUUUUUUUUUCCCCCCAUGUAUUCUUUUUAAAGGAGGGUGACUCAUAGGACAGGGUUUGAAUUAAAUUUUUUACCUUUUCCUGCUGCAAUACAGAUACAUUCAUGUUUCUGGCCCUUGUCACAUGACCUAAAUGGUGUGUGUUAAGAGCAGGAGGUCAGACUUACCAAAAAAUAAAAACAAAAACAAAACACCAGCAAUGAAUGAAUGCAAAGAGAGAAACGACCAGUGACAGUGAGCUGUCUUUGUGUUUUACUGUUUUAUUAUAUUAUUGUCAUAGUAAUUAUUAUCGAGAGAUUAACGGCAGACGGGCAUAAACAUUUCCUUCGAAUCAAACCACGCUGCAGAACUGUUACUUUUGAACAAUGUGUGAACAAGUCUAAUGCAGUAACCUCAAAAGAAAUAAAGCCUCUUCUGUAUUGAGGCCUGAAACGCUUCUAGUUGUGACUUCGCUUUGUGUGGUGAGUCUUUGACUGCUGCUUGCCCAGUCCAGAAUGGUCAUUUUUGGGGCGCUAGUUGGGUUUUUCCUGCUUGUAGAGGUUCAAAUGUUUCACACACUGAAGCUGUUGAGGUUUGGUUUGAAGGUUCUGUUGUAACAGAGUGCCACCAUUCAUCGUAGUGACUCUCAGAAUCCAGUCCCAUUGCUGGACCACAGAAUGUAAAGUCUCUCUUCUUGCCGGCUUUAUUUACACGCAUAUAUAGAGAAAUUUAUUUGUCUGUGUCAUUGUUCGUCUUCUUUCAGUUAUCUUUAAUGGACUGGUAGACAUCAGACUUCCUUGGCCUUUGUAUAUGAGGCUUGAGAAUUUUUUUCCCCCUCUUCCAGCAUCCUGUUGUGUCCUUUUUAAUGUCGAUAUGAUUUUUUUUUUUUUUUUUGUAAGUAAGGCAUAUGCUUUGUUCCAGUUGGAUGUAUUGACAUUUGAAAUUUUAUUUUUUGGACGGAAUACAAAGCAGACGCUGUGGUAAUAAACAUAUACAUCUCAUA